AUGGUGAGCAUUUUAGUGGGAACAAAGGCUCGGAGGGAACACAAGUUCCAAUGGUGGAGCCUAAAACUAAUUUCUCUGCUAAUCAUCUCGACCGUAAUGAUUGUGGUGGGAGGUGUGGUUCUUCCUUCCCUUAAAACGCAAGGCUUAUGGAACUUCAAGGUGAAUUUAAUCGCGGGUUCUCAGAAACAAUCAUCAUCUUUGGAAGAGUUUCCGUCAGUGCUUCAAUUGGGUCAUCAAGAGAUGAAAACUCCCAUGAUGCACAUAAUUCCUUCGUUGAAUGACUUUUUCGCCCUUUCCACAGACAACAACACCGACAACAACAGCACGGAUGAUAAUCCGUAUGCUUCCUAUUUUCUGGCAAUUAACGCCUCAAAGAAUUGCGAGUUUUCUACUGUUCCAAGCAAUCUAAGUUGUUUUUAUCUUAACUGGAAUGGAUCUGGCUGUGACGCUGACAAUAGAUAUUUGCAAAUGGUAGAAUGUACAGCACUACAUGAGGCACAACCAGUUUUUUAUAUAUUUGCAAUUAUUUUGAUUCUAAUAUUCUUUUACUUGUUAGGAGACACGGCCGAAGCCUAUUUUUCUCCCUCUCUGAUCAAGAUUUCUCAGUACCUAAGGAUGUCUUCGAACCUUGCUGGUGUCACAUUACUCGCUUUGGGGAAUGGUGCGCCCGAUUUGAGCUCUAUUAUUGUCGGAAUGUUUUCGGGAAAUGUCGCCUUUGGAGUUGGAGAACCCAUUGGGGCUGGAAUGUUUGUCACAAGUGUGGUGAUGGGCUCUGUUGCUUUAUUCUCCAAUGUGAAGGGUAUUGCCAGAAGACCUUUCUUGCGAGAUGCCUUGUUUUAUCUUGUGAGUGUGUCUUAUACUUUUUUCCUUUAUAUUGAUGGGCGGGUUUACAUUUGGGAGGCAAUUUUAUGUUUAAUCAUCUAUGUGGCUUAUGUGGUCACAGUAAUCGUUGGACGAGUCAUUUACAAACGACUCAAAAAACGAAAAGAAGAGAAACAAAAAGUUCUUCAAAGGACAAAAGGGAUAAAGGUCGAACUGAAGGAUUCCCUGAUCAACAACGUUAACACUAAUCAAGAUGACGUGAAUAAGGAGACAUUAAUUUCUCCUGUUUCUCAAGAAAAUAACAGCUGUGAGAUCAGUGCCGCAACACCCUCGACGUCCACUGAGGCAAAUGUCACAGCUCGUGAUUCAUCCUUUGGCCCUGUCAUUGAAGAAGAGGGUGAAGAGUCUGACGAAGAGGAAUUCGUUGGUUGGACAAAAACAAUCGCUCGGGAUGUGCAAUUCAAAGAAACCACCAGAGCUGAUAGCAACAACAUGCACAGUCGUUUCUUUAUUCCAAAAGCAGGUAUUAUUGACUACAAGAAAAGGAGCUCAGAAAAUCAUCAACAACAAAACAAUUAUGUCAUUACUGAUUACUUUCAUAAGGACAAUGAAGAACAAUCUUCCCAGUAUUAUAAAGUGGAAGAUCACUCUGGAUUUCCCAAUGAGAAUCCAGAAGAGACUUCCAAUCAAGAGCCAGAAGAAGGAAAACUCAAAAGAUACCUCAACAAGUUUUUAGAUAGCAUCGAAUGGAACGAAAAGAAAUGGUAUGAAAAGUUAAUGUUUAUAUUUGUGGAAUGGUAUUGGGUCUUACUAAGAAAUAUUACAAUUCCCAAGAGUGAUGAAACAGAAUGGAACAAAUGGUUUGCGAUGUGUAUUCCAAUAUUUUCACCUCUUGUUCUAUUGGUUUGUGCUGGCUAUGACAAAUUCAUAUAUCUGAUCAACAAUGCAUUUCCAGUGGCAGUUUUACUCAUCAUGGUUGGAUGUAUUGUUUCCAUCAUAAUAUUCUUCACUUCAAGAAGAAAACAGCCACCCAAGUACAUGCCUAUUUUCGUGGUGUAUGCAUUUGUGCUCUGCACUGCUUGGAUUUACCUUGUGGCUAACGAACUCUUGUCCUUAUUGGAAGCAUUAGGAACCAUCAUUGGAAUUCCAAGCUCAGUUCUUGCCAUUACAGUUCUGAGUUGGGGAAAUAGUUUAUCAGACAUGAUUGCAGAUGUUGUGGUUUCCCGACAGGGUUAUCCUUCCAUGGCUCUUGGUGCCAUCUUCGGUGGACCAAUGCUGAACCUUCUGAUUGGAUUGUUUGUGGCAUUGACCUUUGCCCCCACACAACUCACCAAAUUUUGUUUCAGCUUAGAUUCAGAUCCAACUGUGAAUUUAAGUUUCAUUUUCCUUAUUGUUUCCUUACUUGCAUCUAUUAUCAUUAUUCCAUUGCUAAAGUUUAGAGCUCCAAAAGCAUUUGGUGUGUUCAUGUUUUGUCUGUACAUUGUGUAUUUGGUGAUGGCAUUGCUUUCUGCCUUGUUCCCACCUGUUCAAAAAGCAUUCACGUGGAGAGGAGAUGACCGAUGUUAA